AUGGCACCAGCAAACACCGGCGCAAAGAAGCAAAAGAAGAAGUGGUCCAAGGGAAAGGUCAAGGACAAGGCUCAACACGCCGUCAUCCUCGAUAAGUCCACUUCCGACAGACUCGCCAAAGAUGUUCAAUCCUACCGUCUCGUCACCGUCGCUGUUUUGGUCGAUAGAUUAAAGAUCAACGGAUCUUUGGCCAGAAGAUGUUUGAAGGAAUUGGAGGAGAAGGGACAAAUCAAGAUUGUUGUCAAGCAUCACGCCGGUGAUAUCUACACCCGUGCUAUCCAAGCCGACGAGUAA